AUUAUUUAUUAGUUUGUAUAGUGGAAUGGCUACCAGUACUGAUCCUCCCAAGUCCCCGACAGACCCCUCCAGCCUAACAGCUGAAGAAAAGCAUCACCUGAUCACCAGAAACUUGCAAGAAGUCCUAGGUGAUGAUACAUUACGUAAGAUCCUACCCGAAAGGAACAUCAGUAUAUAUUGGGGUACAGCUACUACUGGUAAACCCCACAUUGCAUAUUUCGUCUGUAUUGCUAAAAUAUCUGAUUUCUUAAAGGCCGGCUGUGCAGUGACGGUACUUUUGGCGGACCUGCACGGUUACCUUGACAACCUGAAGGCUCCGUGGGAACUGCUGGCCCAUCGUGUCAAGUAUUACGAGUUUAUAAUUAAAAGUAUGUUGGAGUCCAUUGGUGUUCCUCUUGAGAAGUUAAAGUUUGUACGUGGAACUGACUACCAACUGAGCAGGGAGUACACUCUUGAUGUUUAUAAGAUGACAUCAGUCGUAUCACAACAUGAUGCUAAGAAGGCUGGGGCUGAAGUUGUGAAACAGGUCAAGUUCCCACUACUGAGUGGACUACUC